AUGGGCGGCCGGAUCAGCAAGCUGUUGUCUUUGGGCGGCGUGUUGCUUCAGCACGAGGCGGGUUACUACGAGAGCGUCGACGCCCUCGCCAGGCCCUGGGAGCACUACGUGCCCAUCGCGUACGACCUGAGCGACCUGGUGGCCAAGGUCGAGUGGCUGCAGGCGCACGACGACGAGGCGCGCGCCAUCGCGGCGCGCGGGCAGGCCCUGGCCCUGCGGCGUAUGCGCCUGGAGGACCGACCACCUCUGCUACGUGUGGCGCGCAGUGGAGGCCCUCGCCGCCUGGACGGUUCCCGUCCACCCGGCGGAGGAUGGCCGCCGGGUGGCCGCGCGCCUGGCCGAGGAGAAGUUCAGGAGCGCGUGCCUAUGUCCUUCCCGGGUGCCAGCGCCUUGAGAACGUCACCUUCGGGAAGCGGAAGAUGUCGCGAAACAGCAUCAGGCUGUUGCAGUGGCUGUGGGGCCGCGUCGGGGCGUUGUUGA